AAAAAAUCCUCCUCCUGGGCUUCUUCGCUGCUCAUGUGGUCUUGGUAUCUCUAAGACUUGCAAGAAUCGUCAUUUCGUUCAUCACUCGUCACCCCAACUCGCUCUGCAACCUCUGCGAGAGUUGAAGGAAAACCAGAACCAUACGAACGGAGGUAGUUGUGUAGAGAGAGAGAGAGAGAGAGAGAGAGAGAGAGAGAGAGUUGUAGAGUAUUCGAGUAUAUAGUAAUGCUCCCAAGGGAGACGACCCAAGUAUCGGAAUCUACGCCAGCACAAACCCAUUUCUUUGAUAUCCCCGAGGAGGUCCUCUGUGUUCUCCCUUCCGAUCCCUUCGUCCAGCUCGAUGUGGCUCGCAAGAUCACCUCCAUUGCCCUCUCCACACGUAUCUCCAAGCUCGAAUUCGACUGCUCCCAUCUGCGCUCUAAACUCAAUGAGAAGGACCAAAUCAUCUCCGACUUGCAGGCUCGGGUUCACUCCCUCGAUGCUUCUCUCGCUGAAAUCGCCGAUCGGGUCUCCUUGGCCGACCAAGAAAAGGAGAGCCUGUUGAAGGAGAAUGCUUCCUUGUCCAAGACCAUCAAUAAGCUCAACCGAGAUGUUUCCAAGCUGGAAAGCUUCAGGAAAACUCUUAAGCAGUCGCUUGAAGAAGAAGAAGACAGUUCUAUAGGAAGCUCCCAGGCUUUCACAAAGAAAAUACCUCAACAGGAGAGUUUAUCUUCUGCAUCAUUCACUGGAGGAGAAGAAGCUAUAUCAGCACCAUCAAAAUCAUCUUCAAUGCGGAGUCAGUUCUUGGAAGCAGGAAAUUCAUUCACAGAGGAUAGUGAGACAGAUGCUUCAAGACCGCAUAUCUCCCAAGGCCUUCCAUUAGCAUCCCAAACUAGCACGCCGAGGCUUACUCCUUCAGGUUCCCCUCCAAGUCUCUCUGCAUCAGUAUCUCCAACGAGAAUUUCUAAACCAGAGUCACCAAGGCGACAUUCAAUUUCGUUUUCAACCACGAGAGGCAUAUUUGAUGAUAGGUCGUCAAUAUCUUCUUCUGUGCCACCAGGCCAUUAUAGUUCAAUAACAAGCUCUGCUGGCAUAUCGCAAACUGGACAAACCCGUGUUGAUGGAAAAGAAUUCUUCCGCCAAGUCCGGACACGUCUCUCUUAUGAGCAGUUUAGUGCAUUUCUAGCCAAUGUCAAGGAAUUAAAUUCCCACAAGCAAACAAGAGAGGAAACUCUACGAAAGGCAGACGAGAUAUUUGGUCCAGAUAACAAGGACCUUUACAAUAUAUUUGAGGGAUUGAUCACCCGCAAUAUUCAUUGAAGUUACUACAUUUGUAAUCAAUCCACAUUUCAAUGAUUGAUGUGCCAUCCUCUAUUUAUUCACUUUUCUCUGUAAAUAAGGUAAUGAUUUUGGUUUCACCAUACAAUUCUAUGUAUAAUCCUCCUCCAAUAAGUAUCUCAUGUUAUUAAUUCA